CAUGCCCCCGAGCCUCAUUCCUACCGCCGCCACACCUAGGACCAGAAACUGGCAAGAAAUGGAGCAUUACCCUGGGGGUUCCCAGGAUGAUCUGGACGACGAGUAUGAGGCGUCGAAGCGCGAGAUGGACGCCCAGUUCUAUCAAACGUUCCCCGGGGCUCGCGUCCAUCUCGAGCGACUUGGUAUCAUCAAGCCUGGCAUGAUCGAGCCCAUGAAGCCGUCCCAAUACCAGCAGUAUCUGGAGGAGCUGCAGAUCACCGCACGCGUCCACGCCCCCCUCCCCUCCUCCCCCGUCUCUCUUUUCGAUACUAUUUACGGCUUCUCUCACUCCUCGCUCGAGGAGGACGCGUCUUACGGCUCCGCUGCGUCUGGCUGCUUCGCGCACAACGGUGAGGCAGAACAGACAAGCAGCGGGUAUCAGCCCGCUUCGCAGUUCGGCGAGUGCCAAACCACUAGCUACGGACAGGUCGACUACUCGCUUUCGGACUGGUAUCCCAACGCCGCUUCAGACGAUCAAUCGGUGUCACCUGCCGUCGCCGCCGACUACCCUCAUCCCGUGCCCCAAGACGUCCUCACGAGCCCGCAAGCGUACGUCGAGUACCCACCUGCCCCUCCGCCGAUCACUCCCACGUCGCCGACCUUUGCGACGACCCCCAUACCUACCGAUCAUGCGCCCCACGCUACCCAUCCCCCACCCAGUGCCCCCGCGAUCGACACCGCCCACGAGGUGCCGACCGUAUCAGUGUCGUCGCCGCCGCACUACCAGCCCUCGCCCCCGAGGUCGUACGAGGACCUCACGCCGUCCCCGGCGCGCGAGGCUGAGGCUGCCGCCGCCGCCGUCGCUAGAGGGCGCCGACAUCAUACCAUGCAGAACCGUCGCGGGCGGGUCGCGCUUCCCCCGCUUGAGAAGCCGGCCGCAUCAAGCGCCGAGAAGCCGCCCUUGGCCUGCCUCUUCUGCCGAGGGCGCAAGAUUGCCUGCGGCGCGCCGGCGGCAGGCUCGAAUACGUGCAACCAGUGCGCGCGCCGGGGCCUCACCUGUGUCUACCCCACCGAGAACAGGCGAGGCACGCGUACGCGGCAGCCGACGCGCCGCAGCCCGCAGCCGCGGGGCAGGAAGCGCGACGCACCGCCACCCGCACCCGGCGUCGAGGGUAUGCAGAUAUACGAGCCCGACAGCAUGUGGCCGUCGAGGGAUGAGAAGGACGAGGGGGAGGAUGACGACGACAUGGCGGGCGCUGGCGCGCUUUCGUCGUCGGGCAGGGAGGCCUGAGCCUGAAUGUGCGCCGCAGCCCCACCUUGAUCAAUCUUUCUUGCCUCCUUUUCUCCAUCUUCCUUCCUCGGGCAUCUCGAGGCUGCGACCUCGAGCUGGGUAACGCAAUCAUGUUCCUUUCUUUAUUUUCAUCUCUUUUGUGCACCUUGCUCUCGCAUUCCUGCCCUCAUGCCGCUAUGUAUGACGCCAUGCCACGUAGAGAAUGCCAUGUACUCGAACGUUCAUAUAAUGCUGGUUAUCAUCCUCAUCAUCGACCCAACGAACUAAAGACCCUCCACCGACAUUCAUAUCACUCUCGCCGUCCUGAGCAUCUUAUUGUUCGGCUCUGUAUGUUGUUCUCAACCACAGCUUUCUUGUACUUCCCCAUCUCUAUCCCUCCCCCUGCAUGAUUCAUGUAUAUAUCUUGUUGUUCAAUCAAUAUACUGCUUUCGUAGCCUGA